AUGUACGUGGACCGGCUGGCGUCGAUGGUCGAGCGGGACAAGAACCACCCCUCCAUCAUCAUGUGGUCCUUGGGCAACGAGAGCGGGUUCGGGCGGAACCAGGGCGCCAUGCGCGCGUGGCUCAAGGCGCGUGACCCCACGCGCCCCAUCCACUACGAGCCCGCCCAGUACAGCACGGGCAACCUCCAGGAGUACUGGGACCUGUUCGACGCACACGCGUGUCUCGCCGGCGGGUUCAUCUGGGACUGGGUCGACCAGGGCCUGGUGAAGCACACCAACAACGACGGCCGGCCGUUCUUUGCCUACGGCGGCGACUUUGGCGACCUGAAGAACGACAAAAACUUCUGCAUUAACGGCCUCGUGUUCCCGGAUCGCUCGCCCCACCCGGCCAUCCACGAAUGCCACAAAGUGCAACAGCCGAUUGGGGCGACGGUGGUGACCUUUGACCCGGCCCGUGGCGUGGCCGAGGUGGAGCUACGCAGCCGCUACGCCUUCCGCGACACCUCGCAUCUCGACGCCCACUGGCUGCUUUGGCGCGAUGGCGAAGUGGUCGGCAGGGGCCGACUGCCGGAGCUGGUCCUGCAGCCGGGCGGCACGCGCCGCGUCGCGCUUUCGCUGAACGUCGACGCCGUCGACAUCAAAGGCAGCAGCCGCGGCCGCGGCGACUACUGGCUUGACCUGAGCUGGAAUUUGAAGCACGACGAGCCGUGGGCUCGCGCGGGCCACUGCGUCGCCUGGGAACAGUUCGUGGCCACGUGCUGCGAUGAUGACGUGGCGCCCGCCAAGGCCAAGGCCGACGAGGCCAUGGUGGCCACCGCGCUGGUCGACCGGGAGACCGACGACGAGCUGGUGGUGACCAACCCGACCGCCGGCUGGACCUUGACGUUCGACAAGCGCGACGGACGCGUCUCCUACAGCACCACCACGUGCGUGCUGUUGCGCGGGCCGCGCCUCAAUUUGUGGCGAGCGCCGACCGACAACGAUCUCUCCCUGGGUCUCGGCCCGGCUGCGACCUGGCGCAAGCUCGGCCUCGACGACCUCGCCUCCCGCCUUGUCGCAUUUGAUGUCGACCGCCGCGACCACGGCGCCAUCGUCGUCCGCCAAUCCUUUCUUUACCGUCGACGCAGCGGCGGCGGCGACGCAGACGACUUCUCCGUCGAGCACCGCGUCGAGUACUCGAUCGGCAGCGGCGGCGACGGCGGCGGCGACGUUGUGAUGGCCAACGAAGUGGUGGUGAUGGGCGGCGGCGAGUGGCAGGCGAUGGUGGAGGCGGGCGAGCUGCUGAGCCUGGCCCGGGUGGGGCUCGCGUGGGAGGUGCCCCGCGAGGCGCGGCUCGCCUACUACGGCCGCGGCCCACACGAAAACUACCCCGACCGCAACCGCGGGGCGAAGGUGGGCGUAUACGAGCAGGCGGCGGAGGGCUUCUUCGAGCCGUACGUGUUCCCGCAGGACUCGGGCCUUCGAACGGACGUGCGAUGGCUCGCCCUCCGCUCACCGACGACGGAUUCCAUCGAUUGUGCGGCGGCGGGGCUGCUCGUGUCUGACAGCGACCGCCCACCACCUCCUCCGCACUUCCAAUUCAGCGCCUCGCCGUACAGCGCCCAAGAUGUGGCAGCGGCGGAUCAUCCGACGGAGCUGACCUCGGGCGAGCACGCUCAUCUCUGCAUCGACCAUCUCACCAUGGGCCUCGGCGGCGACGACUCGUGGUCCGGCCUGACCGUGCUGCCCCGAUACUGGGUGAAGCCCGCGCCGCACUACGCGUUCAGCUUGCGCCUUCGUCCGUUGGCCCACACCACCGCCCAACCCACGUCUUCGCCAACAACGUCGUCGUCGUCAUCGUCAUCGUCAUCGUCGUCUCUGACAAGCAUAAUGCAUGCCUAA